AUGAAGUUCAGUACGGUUUUCUGCUGGAUAGCAACUGCUCAAUCACUAGCCAAUGGACUACCUUUCGAAGAGAAGAGAAUCCUUCAAGUGAGUGAUUCAGAGGUUAUCACUGCGAGUGAGUAUGAAAAACUCUCUCUAUUGAAGAGAGGUAUUAAAUUUUUUGAUAUUACAAAACAACAACGUUCUAAUACCUUAAUAUAUCACCGCUCCGAUAAACGUGAGGUUCCUCAUUAUAAUUUCCCCAGAACAAUGAACCAAUCGAAUAUAGUGAAAUCUCUAAUUUCUCAGAUAGACCAGGAAUAUAUGUAUGAUAAAUUAGCAAAGUUCUCUAGUUUCUAUACACGGUAUUAUAAAUCCAAGUAUGGUCUAGAAGCUGCUGAGUGGCUUUCUGCUCAAAUCCACCAGAUUGUCGACGUCUUACCUAAGGGGAUGACAACUGUGGAACAUUUUGAUCAUAAGGAGUGGGACCAAUAUUCUAUUAUUGUAAAAUUUGCUGGGUCUGUUACCCCUGAAAAUAUAGUGGUCAUCGGAUCUCAUUUGGAUAGUAUCAAUCUUUUGUUCCCAACAUUACUUCCGGCUCCUGGUGCCGAUGAUAACGGUUCAGGGACUAUCACCAAUCUAGAAGCAUUAAGACUAUUUACAGAAUACCUUAAAAAGUCUAACCAACCGUUGAAAAAUUCUAUAGAAUUUCAUUUUUACUCUGCUGAAGAAGGUGGUCUACUAGGUUCUCUUGAUGUCUUUACAGUUUAUGCUGGUCUCAAGAAAAAGGUGGUUGCGAUGUUACAACAAGAUAUGACUGGUUUUGUCCCAGAUUUGAAAAAUGAACAUGUUGGUGUUAUUGCUGAUUACACCGAUGCUCGAUUAACUCUUUUCAUUCGAACGGUUAUCGAUAACUACCUCUCUAUUCCAUAUGUAGAAACCAAAUGUGGAUAUGCAUGUAGUGACCACAGCAGUGCCACCAAAAACGGAUACCCUAGUUCCUUCGUUAUCGAGAGCGAACUUAAAUCAGCAAACAAGUAUAUACAUAGUACAAUGGAUACAAUCGAGAAGCUAAGUAUCAAUCAUAUGGCUGAACAUACAAAACUUGUACUUGGAACUGUGCUAGAAUUGGGAGAAUGGGAUAGCUUUUGA